CUCAACCUAUAAGCAACAACAGCACCUACAGCAUUAUGGCCGCAAUUGAUACAUCGUUACCCGCUGAGCCAAGCGGCGCAGCAGCUAGAUUUGCAGCCCAGCACGCAGACGAGGAGCCACUGAAGCUGUACGGCGGUUGGUUCUGUCCGUUUGUUCAGCGUGCUUGGAUAGUUCUCCAUGAGAAAUGCAUUCCUCACCAGUACAUCGAAAUCAAUCCGUACAAGAAAGAAGCAGCAUUUUUGAAGAUGAACCCUAGAGGUUUGGUACCAACUCUUGCGGUCCCGACAGACGGGACUGGGGCAGCACAGCAAGCUCUCUUUGAGAGCAACAUCAUCUGCGAAUACCUCGACGAAGCGUAUCCCGAACAGGACCGGUACGGGAUUCGCCUCCUUCCCCUCGAACCGUAUGAAAAGGCGAGGGCUCGCCUCUGGAUCGACCACAUCAGUACCAGAAUCAUUCCAGGCUUUUACAAACUUCUGCAACACACACCUGAUAAGCCGUACACUUUGGAUGAUGCUCGAUCGGAACUCCAGACAAACAUUUUGGCCCUUGUAGACCAGAUGGACACUGAUGGGCCGUUUUACUUGGGCGAUCGAAUCAGUCUCGUUGACAUCUCACUCGCGCCAUGGCAAAGACGGCUGUGGUUGAUCAAUCACUAUAAAGAAGGAGGUACGGGCAUUCCCGCAGAAGGCGAUGAUGAAAAAUGGGGUCGAUACAGAAAAUGGGCCAAGGCAAUUGAGGAGAGACCGAGUGUUAAAAAUACUUGGAGCGACGACGAAAGGUACAUUAUUGCGUAUAAGCGAUAUGCUGAUGAUACUACGCAUUCCCUAGUUGGUCAAGCAACUCGUCAAGGCAAACCCCUUCCGUAGUGAUUUCAUUUAAGAAAUACAUUCCUACUACAUAUUAAUCUGAUUUUAUUUUGUAAUAUUUUGUAAGCCAAUUUGUCAUCGGCAGUGGUAU